GUCAACACUGCAUCUGCAUGUUGAUGCUCGCAGCGUACUGGAUGUGCCUUGGGAGGCACGGAAGACCAACAUCGUCCGAGUUACUCGCCAGGAGUGUGACGAGUGCUCCUCUCUUGAGGACCUGUACAGAGACAACAAUUUGGUGUUCCUCUUGUUCUACGAGAGAAACCUGGUGUCGCACCACGCAUACAAGGGCGCCAUUGUCGCCGGAUUCCACGAGGUGUGCAAGGACCUUCGCUGGUCCAAGGUUACCUGUGGUAUUGUAGACAUGCUGGAGGACAGGCCGUAUGCGGAAAAGUACAUAGAUCCCAAGACUGCUCCUGCACACAUCGCUGUACAAGCUGGUGAACCUGUGCCUUCCAAGAAGGAGUGGAUCCAGAAACUGUUGGCCAAACCCGGUGACAAGGGUACCAUGCUGUGGCACUUGAAGCAGCAACUGGUGCCCGAUGAGUUGGGAGAAGCCUUACAGAUUUCCAUGGAGAUGUCAAGACUGGACCAGCUGGAGCCUCUGGCUAACAAGCAUGAGGUCCUGGUAGUGGCAAACUUGGCAAAAGAGGGGGGUGCUUCACGGCCUUCCGUCGAAGCCUUCAGAGCCGUUGCUCAACAAUUGCUUUUGCAGGGUAAGGUCCCCGCACAAGUUCCUAUUAGCCAGAAGAUGACUGCUUCAAAGAAAGCAGGGAAGAAGCAGCAGCAGCUGCGCCAGAGGGCACGACCUCUGUUCGUCGCCCUGACGCGGGAUUCAACAUCAGUGCCGUUGCCUCGUGGGCAGGUGGCUGCCUUUGUCAGUGGCAAGAUCCAGCCCGCGCGCAAGCUUCAGGCAUGGGAUGCUGGCGAGAAUCUCGAGAUCGUGAAGGACGUUGUGCUUGCAGCCAUAGAUGCUGUACCAGCUGGGAAGGUUCAGACAGACAAAGUUUCGGAUCUCUGA